AACCAGACUUUCCAGUAAAAUUCAAACCAAUGUCAAAUUAAUUAGAACAAUUCUUUUCCCUAAAAAACAAGAAACUGCAACUAUCCAUUCAAUUAUUUUUCCAGUUUGUCUUAUCUAACAAGCAUACUCUAUAAGAUGUGCCCAUCAAGGAUAACCAAAAAUCACAUCUUAGAGAGAGAGAGAGGGAGAGAGAUGGCAGAAGUGAAAUUGUUGGGAGGAUUGGGGUAUAGCCCAUACGUGAAUAGAGUGGAAAUGGCCCUUAAAAUGAAAGGAGUUGAAUAUGAAUACAUAGCAGAAGAUGUGAAAAACAAGUCACCUCUUCUUUUACAGUACAAUCCGAUUCACAAAAAAGUACCUGUUUUGGUGCAUAAUGGCAAAUCCAUUGCUGAAUCAUUGAUCAUUGUUGAAUACAUCGAUGAAGUUUGGGAAGGUCCAUCCAUUCUGCCCAAGGAUCCUUAUCAAAGAGCCAUGACUCGUUUUUGGGCCAAGUUCAUCGAUGAAAAGUGUAUUCCCACACUGUGGAAAGCUUGUUGGAGCACGGGAGAGGAUCAACAGAAGUCCAAGGAGGAAUCAACAGAAGCCCUCAAGUUUCUUGAAAACGAAAUUAAAGGCAAGAAAUUUUUUGGAGGUGAAAAUAUUGGAGUCGUCGAUAUUGCUGCAAAUUUCAUUGGCUAUUGGCUUCCAAUCAUAUCAGAGGUGGUGGGAUGCGAACUCAUGACCCACGAAAAUUUUCCCAAUAUGUGCAGAUGGGCCAAUGACUACUGCAAUGACAACUUUGUUAAGGAAAAUCUACCUAAGAAGGAGGCUCUGCUUCAAAGAUUUAAGCCUAAAUAGAUUCAUCCUAAUACUUGGUCACGGCAUCAAUUUAUAUUUGAUAUAAUUGUUUAUGUCUUUUAGUUAUAUCUUCAAUUACGAGUUUUUGUUCGAGUAUGCAUAAAAUAAUACUCCCUCCGUCCACGAAAUGAGUUUUUGUUCGAAUAUACUACACCAAUUUCUUGACUCUUUA